AUGGCAAGAGGUGAAUUCAUACAGCAAGCCAAGGUCAUUGUGGCUUUCCCCAAUAUUGGAGUGGGCGCCCUUGGCGAAAUUAAGGAUCAAAUACUUCCCGACACCAAUGUCACUUUCUUUCGGUCCAGCUUUUAUUUCAAUGAUCCCCCAUCAGCUGAGGGAAUAGCGGAAAGAGAUUUGAUAGUUGCUCCUGCUCCUCCGCCCAUACCAUGGGAAAAGCUAAGAGAGAUUCGAGAACGAGUGCUGAAAGAUAUAGAACAGACUAUGGUGGAACCAGGAAUCAUCAUCCUAGAUGAUAAUUGUAAGCCUAGACUCAACCUUAUCGAUGCAAUGGAGAUUGAAGACUGGGAUUAUAAGCUCGUUUCCCCUGCACGUAGUCAAAUCACUCGGGAUCUCAUGCCGAUGCACUAUGGAAUUCAAAUGAAGGAGCAGUGGCUGGGUGCGCUGAAGCAUCUGAAAGACGAUUGGGAUGAAUAUGUCAUUCCCACCAGGGAGAAAUUUGAAAUUCCCCCGGGCCAAUCGCUAUCAGAUGUCAUUGUAGAUUAUUCAGAGGAGGAUGAUGAUGGAGAGGUAAUCGACAAUGAGCUUCUCCGAAUAGCUCACAAUACGGACAAUAGGCUUGGAUCCAAUGCUCAAAUUCGAGCUUUGCCACUAUCAUUUUCCAACGUCAUUGUUAAUUCGCCCUACAGUCAAAACAGAAACACAAGCAACGCCAAAACAAAAACCUUUUUCACAUGGUUCUUCUUCCUCGCUAAUGCCAUACUUACUGUUGGACUUGCGUACGUACUUUACAACAUGGCCUUAGACUACGAAGAAUUCAUCGAGAGCGACAAACCGGAAAAGCGAGAGAUUCUGAAAGAACCAUCCGAGUGGGUGGAAGAAAGUCCAUUUUUCAUUUGGACGACAUGGCCAAAGAAACUAGUGAGAAUGGCAUUGCCUUACGCUGCAAAGAGGAGACAAGUAAGCGAGGAACUAUUAGAGACGGUUGAGAAAUGGAUACAAACGGAACGAUUUUUGAGAGGAAGCGAUCCGGGAUGGCAGUUUUCGGAUGUGCUUGAAAAAUUGAGGCAUGUGGGGCUUAUCACUUCGGAUACUAUAAAGAAAGAAGCAUCUGGGGUAGUCUCUAAAGUGGCUUCUACAGCAGCUUCUACGCUUUCCGCACCAACGACUAUACCGACGAUUGAUUUAAUAGGGGCUGAGUAUGAUUAA